AAAAUGUUGUAGUAAAAAAAAUGUUGAUAAGUUUGUUAGAAGAAAAAAUGGAAGUGAGUGUUUUGGAAAAAUGUGUAGACAGAAAAGGUUUUAAAACAGCAAUUUGAAAAUAAGAAGAAUCUUCAAACAUUAACCAGAAGAUGGGAGCUUCCGGUUCGAUGGUCGGAAACAGGGAUCGUAACAUCGAGAUGAACAUCGCUGAUGAGGCAAAGUCCGGCAACACGAGGGCGAUGAAGAGACACAGCAGCCAACCAUCGGGGGGCGCUAUAUUCUCAUCAUUGAAACCGAGGACUAGGCUCCAUGAAGGCUCGAUCCAUCAAUCUGCGAGUUUAAAAUCCUCGGGUUCAUUUGAUCCAUCGUCUGCUUCUAUUAUAAUCCCGUCCGAAGCAGUGGAGCGUGUAAGGAAGGAAUACGAGACACUAAAGUGCACCAAAGAGCAGGAAAUACAAGCCUUGCACACAAAAGCGCAAAAAUUUGAGACAGAAAAUCACAAACUACGAGCUGAGGUUCAAGCGUUAAACAAACAAUAUCAGAAGUUACGAUUAGAAAGAGAUGCAGCCGUCGAAAACAGCCAGGAAACAACAGAAAGAGCUAUUGCUUUGGAACAGGACCGCGAAAAAAUUCAACGUCAAUUUAAAAUUUUUCGUGAAACAAAAGAAUCGGAAAUCCAAGCUUUGCUACAAGCUAAGAGACAAUUAGAAAGUAAGUUUCACACCAUGGAAGCUCAUGGAGUGGCCACCAUUGAUGAUCAUAACUAUGCAACUACUUCUAUCAAUGCUAAUGCUGGUAACAAUGACACCCCAGGUAAAACAUGGUGGGCCCCACCCCCCGACGGCGACGCCCAUUCCUUAUUUGGUCACAACCCUAACUUACAAACAAGCUACUCGACAAGUUUGCAAGAAGAGGAACACCAAGUGAAUAUUCCUGGUUUUCCCCACAGAGAUGCAUGGAGUGUGGGAACACUGCCUUCUAAUAUAUUACCAAUAUCGUACAACACACAAAGUUACGGACGUAGUUUGUUAAAAUGUUAUAUUUCCUGCACCCCAGAUGAAAUUUCUCUCGUUAAAAAUUUGCUGAGUCAUCCUACUAUACUAGAUCUGCAAAGUCAUUGUUUAAAAGAGGGUUAUUGUUUA